AUGAACAGUGACCGCACAGAAAGUGAACCCCAACCAGGGCCAUCCAAUGCAAACGCAUCACCGCAACCGGUAGCGUCAUCGCAACCAAGGGCAACAGCCAAUCCAUGGAAUUUCUUGAUGCUGAAUGCCAUACGUACGUACGCGAUAGCAAACGGCAUACCGAACGCCAACGAAGUACCACGGGACGAACUCAUCAUCGCACUUCAGGCUAGAGGCGCAACACCCCUCAACAUCAUUCUCAGCUCACCACCAGACUAUCAGACGGGACCGGGGUCCACGGAGCUGUUAGCGCGAUCGCUCCUGCGCAGACGAGUCGACUACACGCACCAAUCACCGAACGAAAGUAUCGAAAUGUACCUGAGACGUCUGGAGACCGCCUUCAAACAUGAUGGCACGCCGAACUUUACCAAAGUCAACUGCCUCAUUGGGCACUCCCAACCAAAGGUAGCAGAAGCAACACAACUGCUCUACGACCAAGGAUUCGAGGACUACGACGUGAUCGCGGAAAAGCUAAAAGCCAGGUUUCGUUUAUCACCAUUCGAACAUUUUACCAGGUUUCAGCAGUUCCACCCAGCGCCUGACGAACUCUUCUCGCAGUUCGGUCCACGCCUACGCAACGAAUACCUCAGAUACCUUGCCCUACCAGCCAACGAGGUCGGGCAACAUGAAACCGCGAUCACACGGGCCCUCAUCGGACAACUCUUGUCCAUCACCACUGGCGGGCUCCAUGCCCAACUACACGCACGGGCGACAGCCGAUCAUGAACACACCCGGCAACACCAAAGCCGGCCGCAACACCGGCGCCGCAGUCACCCGCCAGCCGCCCGCCCAAAACAACGGCAUCCGGCGUCACCAAAUACUACUGCGAAAAUCAUCAGCGGUACGUUUUUCAUAGCACGGCCGAGUGCACAAUGUCGCAAGCAAGCUCACGAGCAUCCACGCCGUCCACAACGGCUAACGGGUGCCCGCUACAAAGCUGCUCCUAUCACCCAGGGCGCAUGGUCGCACAUUCAACUGAGGAAUGCCGGAACAACCCGGCCAACCAGGACAUACCACAGCAACAUGUCCUGGAAACGGGAAGAUCGGGCAGUGACGGCUGUCCUCUGCUCUAUCCCCACGCCUACCGACGACAGCCUGACCAUCAUCAUCACCAUCAAAAACAAACGGGUGACCGCCCUGAUCAACACCGGAGCGACAAAAUCGUUCAUGGCGACGGACGUCGCCGAGGAAGUCGGCCUGUCUCCACACCCGACCAAAGCGAGGAUAUCCGCUGCAGUACUUCACGUCUCCACGACCGUCAGUCACGCAGUGAGUACUGUUUUUACUCUUGGAUUGGCCGCGUACGAAGCCACCUUCUUGCUACUCUCCAACGCGCACUAUCCCGUUAUUCUUGGACUCAACACGCUUAAGAAUCUCCCUUUCUGCUUCACCCUCGACGGCCAGCAAGUCUUUUCCGGUUUUCAGCAAAUCAAACCAAUUAACAAAGCCCCAAAAGCGCCGAUAGGCAAGGGCAUCACGUUCGUCCACGGCACGCCCACAGAGCAGCAACAGAUCACGGCUCUCCUACGGCGCUACGCCCCUCACAUCUUCCAGUGGAGAGGCAAACACGGGCUCUUCCCGCAGCACAUCGCCUUGCUACCCACCAAUGGAGAGGAUCCCGAACCCAGUUGCCGCAUACGGCUCUCGCCCGACAAGCGGCCGGCGUUCCAACACAUCAUCGACAAUUACACCCGUGCGGAUGUUUUUGCGCAGCUCGGGUCCUUUGAAAUUAUUCAUUCCGACGGAGCAGCGGUCUUCUCAUCCGCGGCAUUUAAAUGCUUCACCAAGGUAAACCAAAUGGAAGUGCACAUCGCACAACCAUACCACCCAGAGGGCAACGGCGCUUGUGAGCGGACAAUCAAGUCACUAACAGCCAUCCUCGCCAAAACGGCGCCCAGCGCCACCACAUGGGACCAAGUCCUGUACAAAGCCACCAUGGCAUACAACCGUACGCCUCACUCCACCACGGGUUUGUCUCCACUCGAGCUAUGGCACAAAAAACCAAUGCCAACGCCGGCCAACAUCAAAUUCAAAGCCCCGCCCAGGGAUAUUUCGGAUCAUCUGGAGGCGGUACAACAAACCUCCCAACGCCGCCGCGAUCAAUAUACGCAACAGGCCAACAAACGAAAACUGCCGCAGUUUCACUCAGGGCAAAUGGUGAUGCUGCGCCCGUGGCUCAAAACCACCGAGAAGCAUGCAGCACACCGCCGUUUCCUGCCCAAAUGCUACGGGCCCUUUAGGAUUAUACGCUAUCAAGGAAAGGGCGCUUACAACGACGAAGAUCGCCCUCGCUUCCGCCUCGCGAACAAGACCGACGACAAACCUGAUCACCAGUACAACCGGCACGGGACACCCGACCACGCCGAUCACCCGAGCAACGACGAGAACGCGACCGACCAGAGCGACAGCCACAACCGCGACACCCAAGGCGCGCCAGCUCCCCGCGGGAGCUCUUCAUCACACAAACGUGGGAGCAACCACGGCGCCCGCUGCCAGCCAGACCAUCUUCCACGCAGCCCCACCGGGAUGCUGCCGUCCCCCGUAUCCAGCGAGGAACUUCUGCUACCCGAGAGCGUCGCCAAACCCCCGUCGCCACAACCUCAACCCGACGUCAUGGCAGCAAGAAGCGCCGUUGGUUCCAGCUCUCCCCAUCUCCAUCCCGGACAUCAUCAUCAACCGCAGAAGAGGAAAUGGACGUCAAGCCGCCAAGCGCCACGCUUGCGCAACCACUCCCCAGGAAAACCGAGUGCAGCACAGUUCAUCACGUCAAAAAAAGUCACUGAGUUGACAUGUCGUUUAUAA